CCACCAGCGCGACUCAUUGAGGCAGAGUUUGGUGUGGCGAGUAGUUUCGAAAAGACACCCAUUCAGCAUUGUGUGUGCCCUUGUCCCGUGGACUCCGUGAAUCCCUGGCAAAAGGGACAGAUCCCUGUGAAAAUCACAUCUCUCCACCCACUUUGACAUGAACAAUCGUCUUGGUCGUGAGUAAGAAGAGAAAUCCACGAAAGAGCACUCAAAAGGUUCCCCAGAGGGAGAGUAUCAUGUCAACUAUUGAAGAACGAACUGCCUAUCUGGACAAUCCGUUCUUCAGCAAGCACUUGUACGGCAACUUCUCGCCCUUCUACGUUACCAUCGGCAUCUGCACACUCCUGGGCGUCUUCCUCUUCGUCCUCAACAUCAUCUUCGGCUGCUGCUCACGCCAUCGCGACUACUGGCAAGAUCGUCACACAGGCAAUCGGUGGCUAGUGUCAAUUUGGUCAGCCACGCCGCACAAGCAACCGCCGCUGGACCUCACAGAGCUGAAAGACGUCGAGGCCUUCCAUCCCUACAAGAUCACAGGAGAGGAGCCCGAGUACGUGGCCACCCAUCAUCGUCCGCAGUACGAGAGCCGCCACUUGCAGCCGGCGCAUCACCAGGAAGAGUACGUGGAGUUGCACAAGCGCGAGAGUGACAUCUAA